AUGAUUAGGUCGAGACCCAAAAGAACGGUGUCUAAUAAUGUAGACUAUAACUUACGGAAGAGUAAAAUCAUCAGGGAAGAGGAUAAUGUUGGUAAAGGGUUGAGGAAGGCUAAAGGUCAAAUUCCUUCGAUGGUAGGUCAGCAUGAGCAUGAGAAUAGGGAGGGGGAUAUUGAAAACGACAUAAAGGAGGAGGAGAGUCAGCCUGUGAUAAAUCAUAAGUUGAGUGGUGAGAUGGUGUUCAACGAGCCCGGUAUCUCAGAGCCUGUAAAUGGGGUGACAGGUAUACCAUUAAGUGAGUUUCCUACUGAUAGGGUGAAGAAGGAUUCAUUGUGGAACGUAAAGGUCGACAAGGAGAUUCCUAGAGAUAUAGAGGCACGUUAUAAGCAGGCUUUGGUUACAGAAGGGAAGACGCAAGAACAAGGCAGUUUCUUGAGGUCACAAGUUACUCCCAACGACAUUCAUCUACGAGAACGUGAAGCUAUUUCCUCUUUCAAGAGGAAACAUAGCGCUGAGUUUAAGAAAAAUAUGAAGCAGCAGAAUAUUUCAGCUUCUAGCAACGGAACUUCGACAACGUCGAAGCACAAGAGAAUCAAGGCGAUUAAGGAUAAUGACUCGAAGUUAUUUGGACAGAACAGUACGGCAAACCACGCCCACUUACCUGAAAUACGGGAAACUGGUAAUGAGAUAGAAAAUGAUGACUUUUGCUCAAGCUGCCUGCAGACGGGGAUCUUUCUGUGCUGCGACACGUGUCCAAAGUCGUUUCACUUUGCAUGUUUGAACCCUCCACUUGAUCCAGAUAACCUCCCUGAAGGUGACUGGUCGUGUUACGAAUGUAGGUUCAAACAGAUGAAUCCGAACAAAUCAGUUAUGGCGAGGAAUGAGAAACUGUUCCUUGCCAAUAAUAAUAAUAUGAUUGGUAAAUCAUUGUUUGGUAAGCUGGUUUUCCAACUGAGGUCUAUGAACUCCAAGCAGUUUGCGUUAACACAACAGAUCAAAGAUGCUUUUGUAAAUGUUCAUACAGGGCACCAUGGUGAAUAUCAAGAUGGUAACAUGAAGGAGCCGUUGACUGACAAACAGUUAUUUAAUGUACCAUACGGGCAAUCUAUUACAAAGUUUGAUUCAUAUAACCCCGACACACAUCUAAGUGGUAUCGACGACCAACAAUUACUUAUUUGUUACAAGUGUAAUAUGACAAGGAUGGGCACUUGGGAUCAUCCUGAAACUGAAAGGUUGAUCAUGAGAUGCGACUACUGUAAUACUCCAUGGCAUUUAGACUGCCUUCCGGUCCCUAGGGCAUCACGUAAAAAUUUGGGAUCCAAAUGGAGGUGUCCCCUGCACGCAAUGCCUCCAAAUAGAAAGAGAAGGUUAAAUCGAAACCAAGAAUAUAUCUCAUCGUCAUUGGGAGCACCUAACGAUGGUGAUAUCGAAAUAAAGCUUGAAAAUAUCCCAAUUGAAGCUAACAUUAGCAAAGACAUGCAAAAAGCAUGGAAUAACGAGAAAAAGUAUAAUACAAUAACGCAGUUACAGGAGCAUAACGUAAAACUAGAGUUUCUAGACAAAGUUUAUCGUGCAAAAGAAGCUCAGCGCACCCAUGAAUUCCAUGAACAAUCACUUCUUAUUGAUAAGCUUCUAAAUUCAUUUUCAAACAAUGAUACCAAGCCUUGGUUGUACUUUUCCCUUCCUGACUCGAUGAAAAAAAUAUGGGAUUUCCAAGAACUUUGUACAGUGGCUAGUGCCGAAUUAACUAAGGAGGAAAUAUCAUGUGAUGAACUGAAACAGUUGCAAUUGCUAAAAAAAUUGCUUGAAUCAAAGCCAAGGAAAGAAGUUUUUGGAUUCUUCGGCUUCAAUAAAUAA